AUGGACCUACUCGAAAGCAUUGUUACAACUCGAACAGUGCACGUCCGAGACGGUGAAAUGGAUCCGGCUGCUGUGCUUGUUUUCUCCACGGAUUUGGAGGAGAGGAAGGAAGCCGCGAAGCGCAUGGACAUGGAUGUGGAAUUCGCGAGCAGCGCUCUGGAAGACAAGAAUGAUGAUGGAAACCUUAGAACGACGUUCGAAGAAACCUUAAAAGCAGAGCAGACGGAGUACUUUUUCCGCGUCUUGCCUUCGCCUGCUUGUGGCGUGGUGUCGCACGAGCAAUACGUCAAAACAAUCAACCAUGUAGCAAAACACGCGAAGUUUCCGCCUCCUGGCGCAAGCAGGAGCGAAGCAUUCUCUAGGGAAACAAUGCAUCCUCGAUCGCGAGAGGAAAUUUUGGAUCCGUUGGCAGUACAACUAUUCUCUCCAUCGUCUUCAUGUCGAACAGGAGGAGCUCGUGACCAAGAUGCCGACAGCUCGUUGUCUUCCUUACUACAAGGUGAAGCUGCGGCUUCAACUGCUACCUUACUAGAUGAGCUUGCGGACGCAGCUGGCCUGUCUGUUGCUGACGUUGUGAGCGACUUGUCAAUUCGAGAUGCUUCGGCGUGCAGUGAAGACGAGUUAGGAGUGAGUAGUGGAAGAAGACGUCGGGACCUGUUAUCGCAGAUUGAGCACUUGUUGGCCG